AUGCCUAUGUACCAGCCAACUGGUAGGAGAAGAGUUGGGGAUAUGAAGUUUGAUGUGGGUAGUGGUGGCCAAGUUCUAGAUCUGGACACUGCAGUGAAAGAUGGGAUUUUGGGUGGUGAAGAUGGGUUAAUUUGUGGUGGCGGUGUUGGUGUUGUGGCUGAAAAGUUGGAUCUGAAGAAGAUGAUUGAGGAGCUUGAGUCCAUUGAGAUUCCUUCAGUCUUCAUUUGCCCAAUCUCAUUGGAGCCAAUGCAAGACCCUGUAACCCUUUGCACGGGUCAGACUUACGAGAGAUCAAACAUUCUCAAAUGGUUCUCUCUGGGCCACUAUACUUGUCCCACAACAAUGCAAGAGCUCUGGGAUGAUUCAGUCACACCCAACAAGACCCUUCAGCAGCUGAUUUGCAGUUGGUUUUCACAGAAGUACUUGGCCAUGAAGAAGAGGUCAGAGGAUGUGCAAGGAAGGGUUUUGGAGAUUCUGGAGACACUGAAGAAGGUUAAGGGCCAAGCCAGAGUUCAAGCUCUCAAGGAGCUCAGACAGGUAGUGACUGCUCAUGCAUCAGCUAAGAACACAGUGGUGGACAAUGGAGGUGUUGCUUUGAUUACUUCUCUGUUGGGUCCUUUCACUUCACACGCUGUUGGGUCAGAAGCAAUUGGGACACUUGUGAAUUUGGACCUCAGUUCAGAAGCCAAGACAAUUCUGAUGCAACCGGCAAAGAUAUCGUUAAUGGUUGAUAUGUUGAAUGAGGGAUCCAUUGAGACCAAGAUCAAUUGUACGAAAUUGAUUGAAGUUUUGAUGGAGGGCAAGGAUUUGGAGUCGGAAAACGUCUCAAGCUUGAGUCUUGUGGUUGGAUUGUUGAGGUUAGUGAAGGAUAAAAGAUACUCUAAUGGUGUUUUGCCUGGUCUCAGUCUGCUGAAGACAAUUUGUUCGCAUGAGUCAGUCAGGAACUCGGUUGUGAGCGUCGGGGCAGUUCCUCAAUUGAUUGAGCUCUUGCCCAAUUUGAAUCAUGAGUGUUUGGAGUUAGCCCUUCAUAUCCUGGAAGUUUUGUCAACGCUUCCUGAGGGAAGGCAGGCUUUGAAAGAUUGUCCUAAGACAAUCCCCAGUGUGGUUAGGCUAUUGAUGAAGGUUUCAGAGAGCUGCACUCAGCUUGCAUUGUCAAUCUUGUGGGCGGUUUGCAAGCUCGCCCCGGACGAAUGCGCAUCGCUUGCUGUGGAGGCAGGUUUGGCAGCCAAGCUGCUUCUUGUAAUUCAGAGUGGUUGCAAUCCUGUAUUGAAGCAAAGGGCUGCAGAGCUCUUGAAGUUGUGUAGUCUAAAUUACACUGCCACAAUAUUCAUUUCCAAGUGUAAGCUUACUAGAACAAUACAAUGA